AUGUUACCCAAUAGCUCUAUGCUUCCUAGUCUAAGGAAUAGGCUUCUCCUUUGUUUGCUGGUCUUGGGUCUCAUCGGCAGUGGUGGCAGUGCGAGAGAAGGAACGGAUGAUGAUGGCUUGAACGAAGAUGCUCGUAAUGCUACCGGUAGUAAACUCUCCAUCCCCCAUCCAGUGAUUGUUGACGAUGAUACCAAGAAUGGUUCUCUUAGUUGGUACUAUUCCUACGAUGGCAGAGGGAACAAUCUCGAACGACCCGCGUGGGGAGCCGUCCAUACGACACGAGUGCGCAUCUUGCCCAACACUACUACUACUAGUAUCGACCAAACGCUACCAUCGGCACGACGCAUCAUGGAAGAACUGUUUCGCCAAGCACCCGCCAAACCGGAUCGAGUCAGCAAUCAUCUCUUGUUGGAAUUUGGGCACAUUGUGGCAUUGGAUUUGGUCCGUUUGGCACACCAGGGAGUCAACCAAUCCGAGCCUUUUCCGGUACCCUGUGAUGGCAAUUUGCAAGAUUGGGUCUUUUGUCCCGUGACGCAACAACGGUACUCGCAAAUGGACUUUUGGAGGGCUCCUCACGAAACGCUCACGUCCAAAAGGCGUGCUACCAUCAAUACGCAAACCACGUACUUGGAUCUCAGCCAUCUCUAUGGGACCAAUCAAGAAGAGACUGAAAUGGUCCGAGCAUUUCAAGGGGGCAAACUAUUACUUCAUAAGAGUGAUGGAUUGCCCCAUGGGCGAUUACGGGAACACUUUCAAACCAAGAGUAUUGGCUUUUAUGUUUGGAUGGUCAUCUUGAUGAGAUUUCACAAUCUGGUGGCGGAACAGCUGGCAGCCAGUGAUGACAGCAACACUACUACUACAAGACUGCAGCAAGACGACGACGAAGAACUGUUCCAGCGUGCACGACAAUACACCAUUGCUGUCUACCAAUCCAUUGUUGAGCAAAAGUACAUUCCCACCUUGCUGGGACGACAAUUGGAACCCUACCAGGGAUACAAUCCACAAAUCAAUCCCAGUGUCGAUGAAUUCUUUGCCGCCGUGGCAUUUCGAUACGGUCAUUCCAGUACAUCGGCACUAGUCCGCAUGCUCGAUGAGAACUGGAAACCUCUUUCCAAGGAUCCCUUGUUCUUGAGAGAUGUUUUGGGCAAGUCGUCGGACAUGGUACAACAACAAAUUGGAACAAUAAAAGUAUUCUUGAGAGGAUUGACGGUACAACCCACCAAGGCAACGGAUGCCAGUAUUGUGGAUGAUCUCAAUCUAUGGGGCACUGCCGCCACGAGUGUGGUGGAUAUUCAACGGGGACGGGAUGUCGGGAUACCUCCGUACAAUCAAGUACGACACGCCAUGGGCUUGCCUCGCAUGACCAGCAUCGAAGAAUUGACGCAAAACGAGACUAUUGUGACAAACGCACUGCAAUCUUUAUACGACAAUGACAUUGACCAAGUGGAUGCCUAUGUCGGCGCCUUGGUGGAACCACCACUCAAUGUCGAUGAUUUCAUGGGACCACUCUUUACAAUCUCCAUACUCGAUCAAUUGACACGAGUACGGGACGGGGAUCGACUAUGGUUCAAGAAUAUUUACGCCCGCGAAGACUACGAGGUUUUUCCUACAGUGGCGGAUCUCGUGCGUCUCACGUGUAGGAUGGACGAUUUUCCAGAAGAUGCCUUUACCACCUUUGUUCCAAUGGGACCAACAACAACAACAGCAACAGCAACAGCAACGGGGGACGACGAUGAAACUUGUGGUUCGGCUUCGACACAAUUGUAUCUGUUAUCUGGUGACUUUACCUUGGGUUGGGUUGUGGAGCAACCAACCGUGGCAGAAAGGCAACUCGACUCAACCAUGAGAGAUACGAUUGAUGUGACCCUGUCGUUAAAUAUGCCCAUGGACGAACCAGGCUAUUUGGGUAUUGGUUGGCGGAGCAUUAUGAUGUAUGGUUCCGAAAUGUGGUUCUGUACUAUCAAUGAAAAUGUCUUUGACGACGAAGGUACCGAGUUCUGUGCUGCGAACCAACACGACAACAAUUCUCUGAACAUUUCACAGCCUGCAUUGUUUGCCUGCUGCUUGGCCAUGGGACCCCAGCAUGCCGAACCGGUGUGCAGCAGCGUCGGCGACCCCGUACAUUACGAAUUGGAAGUAGUCGAUUGGUGCCUCACAUCGGACACGUCGUCGGUCACGAUUCGAGCUCCAGUAUGCCCGGACGAGUUGGACGACUCUACAAUCAGCGACGAGACUGCCAGUGAUGGUGUCAGUUGCUUUCGUCUGAACUCCGAGGAGGACGGGACGAUGGAUUUCAUUGUGGCCUUCAAUCCAAACUCCAUGAGCAGGACCCAUGGGUACAUGAGACGAACCUCGGCUCAGGUAGACUUGCGCGCUGGUAUUUUGACACAAUCGGAAGCCAACGUGGCGGAUUCGGGCCUCGUUGCUACACACGGAUUGUUCAUGCUGGUGGGUUGGAUGGUUGCAGCUCCAGUAUCAGUUUUUAUUGUACGGUACCUCAAGACGAAGACAUGGCGAAUUGCAGCCCACGUCUCGCUCAUGGGAAUAGUUGGCAGCCUCAUGGUACCCCUUCUCAUCGGGGUGGAAGCUUCCGUGGGAGCUUCGGAGAAGACGCAAGAGCACAGCGUCGUGGGUCUUAGCAUCAUGAUGGUCUGGUUUCUGAUUGCCUUUGCCGGCAGAAUAAGAAUUCUCAAACUAGAGGGUCGGCGUAUCGGUCGGAAACUUGGGGAUUUCUCCCUUUUUCUUCACAGAUAUGGAGGGGUGGCGAUGGUCUUAUGCUCCUGGUGGAAUUGCUACACUGGUCUCGUGAGGAUAGGUCCGGAAGACUCAUAUGUUCAGGCGGUUGUGUUUAGCAGCAUUCCGAUGGGAUACAACAUUCCAGUCUUUGGCUUUAUCAGGAAGUACAUCUUUUUUCCUUACGUUGCGAUGGUGUGCAUCGUAUUUGUCGUUGCGGAAGCGAGGAGAUACCGAAUGAACGGGUCAUUGCACGUCGAGAAAAUGUACGGGAUUGUCGAUGGCAAGACUUCGCUCUGGGAUGACUUUCCCACGGAUGAACUUGAAAAGAUGACGAUGGAAAACUUUUUGGAGCUGACGCGGCAGGGAGCUGCAUUGUGUAUUGUGGAUGGUUGCGUUAUCGACCUCGCCGAUUUCACAGAGUUUCAUCCCGGCGGCCGUCAUCUUCUCCGAUUUGCCCGAGGGUCGGACAUUACGGAGGAAUUUGUCGGUUUGCGGGACGUCGAUGGUUCCAGCCACGUCCACAGUCAGGCUGCUCAUGAAGCUUUGAAGACAUUGGUAAAGGCGGUGCUUGUUAUAUGUACCGGAACUGACGGCAAUCUGGAUGGCAUGGUGCCCCUAUCCGGGAGUUCGCGGAGCCUUCUUGGCCCGAGAAAAUCGUUCGCAAAUACCACAAAGAAUCCAUGCCUCCUACCAGUCUUUCGCCGUGGUCGCAUUGUGGAUUUGAAAUGCUUGACACCGUCCAUUGAGAUAACCGAUUGCUGCAAACCAGUCAUUCUACUUCGCCUGGCCUUGCCUAGAAUUGGGUUAGACGAACGAACGAAGCAGUUGCUGCCACUCCCGAGUUGUGUCUUCACGUUCCGUGGACUGGACGAUAAUGGAUCCACAGUUGAGCGACAAUAUACACCAGUUUCAUUGGAAGCGCACGAAGAGGUAUCGUGUGCCUCUGUCACAGCGAACGAAGGCGUGAUAGAUUUCAUCAUCUCUUUGGUGCCGUCUGGGAAAAUGUCUCGAAUACUGCUCGAUAUGAGCAAGGGUAAAUUGCUUCUUGUUCAAGGUCCAACGGUUUGUCCUUCCCUAGUUCAGACGUUUCAAGAUGCCAGGUGGGAGUCGAUUGUCAUGAUUGCUGCGGGCACUGGCAUAGCCCCAAUGCUACAGGUCAUUGACUACCUUUUGGUUGAAUCAGAAGAACGAGUUCGUUCGCCUGCAACGGGGAAGCCUGUCCGCAUGUUUCUGAUGUGGAUCAUGAAAGGCCCCGAGUACAAUUAUGGAAAGCAGCUUGGCCUUGACAGAAGGGUACAACAUUCUCGUGGACGCUUCAAGUAUACAGUUGUCUAUUCAUCCUCGUCAGGAAACAACAACAAGUUGGGGCCGUUGGCGAAAGAUGGGCCCCCAGCUAGCAGGAAAAGUAUCGGGCAUAGUCCAGACUGGAACUUUCGGUCACUGCUUCAAAAAUCCUGGCCAAGUUUUGCACCAAAAGACAAACGGAAAAUCAAGGGCUUGGUACUUGGGAAUUGCACAGGGUUCAGCAGCAAAACUCUUAUUGGAAUGGAUUUUGGUGAUGACGAUUCUAGUUGCACACGCAUUGGCGAACUUACCCAAGAUAUAUGGUCCGGUCCACCACAAUGCCACGCACGGCACUACGACAAGGACCUCUUACACGAACUGCUUGAAUCGUUACCUUGCCAAAUUCGUGAAUUCGAGGCGAACCCUGCAGCAGUUUCUAAUGGGGAUCAAAGGUGGGUCGAGGUGAGUGGAUCGGGGGUAUGGGUACCCGCAAAAGAGGUCAAUGAAAAUCAUAACCAGUCGGUCGAGGAGGGGAGAAGCAGCGCGACGCAGCCUGUUCUUGUUUCACAAGGUGGGAACGAAGGAGCAACGAUGAGCAACCACGCUGCACCUGCUAGGCCAGGGGAGAGCUAUCUCGAAGGAACUACCGUGGACGUGGAUGAUGAUGCGGUAUGCAGCCUGGAGAGCAAUCUCUUAGUGGUAGUCUCCGGUUCUCCCACAUUCGAGUACCAAACACAGGUGGCGCUUCGAGAGCUGGGUGUAACUUCGGACAGAAUGGUAACAUUCCAUCGUGCAUCAUCGCACACGUUGUGA